ACUUGAAACACCCAUCAGCAUCUCUUCUUGUUUUCGCAUCCCUUUUUAGCUUCCACUCUACUACUGUCCUUUCUCUCACUAAAUGCCUCUCCCUUUUUCUCUCUGAAUUCCCUCUUUCUUUCUACUCUCUCUCUCUUUCUGCUUGUUGAAGAUUUUAGGCAGAUAGUUAUAACGAGACAGAUAUAUGUAUAUUUAUACACACACACAGUGACAGCCCACACGAGUAGAGAUGAGAGGACCUUGGGGGGCGGUGAUAGGGAGAUACCCCUCGAGUGAUGGAAGUGCUCAAAUGGGUGGAAUAAUUAGGCACAAUAGGAAAUGCAGAGAUGUUGCAUUUCUUGUCAUUUUUAUAGCAUUUUGGAUUGCAAUGAUUGUUAACUCUAGCUUUGGAUUUAACCAAGGAAACCCCUUAAGGCUUACUUAUGGGCUUGAUUACAGAGGAAAUGUGUGUGGUGAUAAGCAUGCAAAUUCAGAACUUCGCGAAUUGGAGCUUGUAUAUUGGUUAAAUCCAAACCAGGUCUAUCUUAGUGGUCUGAAGAACAGCCAAUUCAAGUUGGCCAAUGCUCGGAGUAUAUGUUUACUGGAUUGCCCUAUUCCAUCUGAAGAUGCUCUAAAUUGGGUUUGUGAUUAUCCGGAGGGAGAUAUCCGUAUAUCAAUGGAAGAUUGGAUUGAUAGGAAUUAUGAUUAUUUCGAGUUCCUUACUCCUGAAAUGAGGAACACAUCCCUUCAACUCCAGGGUCCUUGUUACCCUGUUAUAUUUCCAACUGUAAAUGUUUUUUGGAGGUGUCAGUAUAUUGCUCAUGCAUCAAACAUAUCAUUGCGGCAUUGGCAGCAAAUGGGUGGAGUAAACAUCAAUGAGGACAUUAUAAUAGACAAAUCCAUUCACAAAUCCAUCAAUGCUCGGUCAUCUGUGUUGAAGAGAUACAUGGCUGAUGUUAGAAAGGCAUGGCCUGUGUUGAUUGUCUGUGGAGGACUGUUGCCGCUUUUUUUAUCCGUGAUUUGGCUGCUGAUGAUUCGGCAUUUUGUUGCUGCAAUGCCUUGGAUAACAGUUGUUCUCUUUGAUAUUCUCAUAAUAACAGUAACAAUGUUUUACUACUUGAAAGCUGGAUGGAUUGGAAAUGAUGCCAUCUCUCCUAUCAUUGGUGAGCAUGAUCCAUAUUACCAUGUAUCUGGACGGGAACAAAACCAUCUCCGUGCUGCUGCUGUUCUCAUGACUUUUGCAAUGGUUGUUGCUGUCCUUACAUCAAUUGCCAUCAUUCGCCGCAUUCUUAGGGCAACAUCUGUCCUCAAGGUGGCUGCAAAGGUCAUAGGAGAAGUUCAAGCACUCAUAAUUUUUCCAGUUGUACCAUAUGCUGUCCUUGCAAUUUUUUAUACGUUCUGGUUUUCAGCUGCUUUUCAUCUUUUUAGUUCUGGCCAAAUUGUCCAGAAUGACUGCAAUUCCAAUUGCUGUGCCUAUGAUCUUGGGUCAAAACGGGUUAACUGUGAUCGGUGCUGUGGCUAUAGCAUCAAUUAUACUCCUCAUAUAGCAGUUGCUAUCUUCUUCCACCUGUUUGGAUGUUACUGGGCUACACAAUUUUUUAUAGCAUGCUCUGCAACUGUGAUUGCUGGUUCAGUUGCCUCCUACUACUGGGCUCGUGGUGAGACAUCGCCAGAGAUUCCCUUUCUUCCAGUUUUCUCCUCCAUGAAGCGGCUUAUGCGAUACAGCCUUGGUUCUGUUGCUCUAGGCUCCCUGAUUGUGUCAUUUGUGGAAUCAUUUCGCUUCAUGCUUGAUUCAAUCCGUCGCAAACUGAAAGUUGCUGAGACUACACCUGAUGGCUGCAUGGGAAAGAUGGUGCAUCAUACUUCACAGUUUUCUCUGAGAUGUGUUGAGUGGACAAUAAAAUCUGUGAACCGCAAUGCUUACAUAAUGAUAGCUAUAAUGGGUAAAAGCUUCUUUAACGCAUCUGCAAUUGCAAAUGAAUUGAUAAUGAACAACAUUCUUAGGAUUGGAAGGGUGAAUGUGAUUGGAGAUAUCAUUCUAAGUCUGGGAAAAUUAUGUGUCAGCCUCUCGAGUGCUGUUUUUGCUUUCCUCAUGUUGGAUGCGCACAAAUAUAGAUCUGGUCAUAACAAGAUAUCCUCCCCGCUGUUUCCUGUUUUGGUUUGCUGGGGUCUAGGUUAUAUAGUUUCAACUCUUUUCUUUGCAGUGGUGGAGAUGUCAAUUGAUACUAUCAUUCUGUCAUUCUGCCAGGAUUCUGAUGAGCACCAAGGUACAGCACAGUAUGCUCCUCCUCUUCUUAUUGAGACCCUCAACGAUCAAAAUGAGAUGCAGAGACUUACCCAAUGAUCCUACUCAAACAUGUCAAUGUAUAAGUUGCUUAGUGGAAUUUGAAAAUCCAAUUAUAUCACUUGAAGUAUUCAGUUAGAAAAAUCUGGUCUGAUCAUAUUCCCCCUCUCCUUGAUUAUUUGUCGAUCAAUUACCUUUUCUCAAGAUAGUUUUUACUGCUUGCUGUAGCUAGGUGGUCUGAAUCUUCAUAUUUUUGUUAUCCCUGUAUAUUUUCUAGUGGGAGCUUCAGACCCGAAA